CGUUACGUUCGGUACGCGUCAACAUCAGCUGUUGUUUCGCUCUCGCGUGAAAUGACAGUUUCGUGGAGGUUCAUAAUGUGGAUAUCGUUUUCGUGAGGGUGCUUCGUGUACCGCGGAGGUGAGCUGUAUCCGAUCUUUUUUUCCGGGUAAGAUGAACGGGAGUCUGGGAAUAAUGCGCGGACCAGAGCAACAUCCACAGAGGUUCGCGGAUUAUUUUGUCAUAUGCGGACUGGACAAAGAUUCAGGCUUAGAGCCAGACAAAUAUUUCGGUGACUCUUUACAAUGUACACCUUUGGAUCGAGCAUAUAAAAGCAAAGUGUUGGGACAUCACCCAGAUUCAGUACCAUGGAACCCUUUCGACGAACACGCUGUCUGCAUGCUCUGCCUGCCGAGCGGCCUGAGAUUCCGAACGCAGAAACACUCGGUGGAACCGACGUUCCACUCGUUCGUACUCACCAAAGAGGACGGACACAGAACUUACGGGUUCAGUCUUGUUUUCUACGAGGAGUGCCGGAAUCGCAAAAUAUGCGCGGCUAUGCAAACCCUCCAGGCGAUGCACAUCACGGAACUGAGCAGCGGCCAAAACGGUACACCACCAACGGCAAGAAAAGGCCAGGAUGGACAUAACACGCGAUCGUUGCCACGGCAUUUCAAGCUAUCAGCACAUUCACCAGGUGCUGCAUUAGGCUACUACGACUCUACCAAAGACAAGUUGCUAGUGACUAAAUCGAUAUCCUUGCUAUGCCAGCAGCCUUACCUUCAUGCCGCGAAAACGUUCCUUACUAAUCUUUACAAAUGUGUUCCUAGACAUCCAGGACCUGGUCUUAGCUUAGAGUCUUAUGUAUACAAUCUGCUGUACAACGUGCCGGUACCAUUGCCUGGAAAGUCGUUAAAGUUCUUCAUUCCCAACGAUGAGCCAGCGAAAUCACCGUUGGAGCUGGUUAUCCAUCAGCCGACGCCAUCACAAGAGCUACCGAUGCUAGAUUAUCCUCUGAAAGACAUGUUCACAUGGCUUGGCGCGGACUGCGUGAUUCAAUUGUUCACGUGCGUUCUAUUGGAGAACCAAGUGUUGCUCAGAAGUUCGGAUUUCCACAAGCUAAUGGUAGUAUCUGAGUGCAUAACGGCGCUCCUUUUCCCGUUUUCCUGGCAACAUGUGUACGUGCCGAUAUUGCCCGCCAGUUUACAUCAUUUCUUGGACGCGCCGGUACCGUUUAUAAUGGGUUUACACGCGCAAAGUGAGGGCGGUGUACUGAAAAUUGCCAGUGAAGCAAAUCUUUGUUAUGUAGAUAUAGAUAAGCAAAGUAGCCAAUUUCCGGAAGAGUUACCUGUAUUUCCUCACAAAAUGCAAUUCAUUGCUGAGAUUAGAGCUCUCUUAAACAAGUACAAAGUACCACAUACAGGAAAGACUGAUAACAUGGUCAUAAAUCAUUAUAACGGUGACAUCAUGACUAGUAGUUUGACGCUUCCUGGUUCUGGAUUUCAUCUUCCUCGUAGAAAACAUUCAUUACAUGAUGUGUUGGAUUGGGAUCGACCGGAAUCAACACCGCAGUCAGACACAUUACAGAGGAUAGUAGAUAUUGUUAAAAGGACAGGAGUGAAUGUGGAAGAUAUUGAUUCAUUGGAAGAUAAUGGGAAAGAGCGAAUAUUCUCUCCUCAAGAGGAGUAUCAGGAAACGCUUAUAUUUAAUAAUGCCAUUAGAGAAACCUUUUUGAACCGUUUUGUACAAAUAUUUUCUAGUUAUGAACACUUCGUUAUUCAGCCAAGUCAGGAUAAAGAUGAAUGGUUGAAUAAUAGGGAUAGUAUGCAUGUUUUUGAUAAGGCUACAUUUUUAUCCGAUCAACCUACACAGCAUUUGCCAUUUUUAUCAAGAUUUCUAGAGACACAAAUGUUCGCAUCUCUUGUCGACAGCAAAGUUAUGUCAACGUGGAGCGAGCUCGAUUUUAAUAUACGAGUUUUUGAUCAAAGAAUUUCUCUGUUAAGAAAAAAAGUUGGGGAAGGUAUCGUUCGGUCGACACGCUAUGAACCUUGUACAAGUGUUGAAGAAUCGCAAAAAGUAUUAGAACAAAGAUUGACAAACGUAGAUUUUGAAACGAAUCCACCUGCUGAAAUUCUUCCUCAUAGAGCGGCGUAUUUUCGAAGUUUUCCGCUAUUAGAUAGUGUUGCUCUAAACAAGGAACCGGCUCAUAGCAUACUUCGUAGUCGAAGGGGUCAAACACAAUGGAAGUAUAAAAUGAAGUCCAUGGAGUCGAAUGGAAAAACUCCGGCACCUCAGGAAACUCAAUCGCCUCGACCUCAAACCAAAUUGUCUGCAGAUAUGAGUCCAGCAUUAAUAGCGCAAGCAAAUUGGACGUUCGUUGAAAAAUUGCUCAAGGAUUGUAAAUCAAAAACGAAAAGAAUGUUGGUUGAAAAAAUGGGUUCCGAAGCGGUUGCAUUAGGUCAUGGAGGAGAAUCAUUGUCCGACGUUGAAGAAAAUACGCUAGUCGCCAGUCUUUGUGAUCUCUUAGAACGAGUUUGGAGUCAUGGAUUGCAAAACAAACAGGGGAAAAGUGCUCUUUGGUCACAUCUUACUAUGUAUCAAGCAUUAGAAGAGUGUAACGACCCAAGUAAACCCAUAGAUCCUAACUUUCUUUCUCCUGCCAAGAAAUCGUCAAGUAAGUUUUUUGGAUUACCGGACCGUUUAAUUUCAUCCUUAAAGGGCAAAAAUAUUUUUGAGAUUGCUUCUUAUAUCAAGGAGAAUUUUAAUGAUCUACCAAAUUUGGCACUGGAAAUCGACUCUCCUACACGUGGCACGGACAAGCAUAAAUCCCCUGGUGACAGAAAAAUUGGUCCUGAACACUUGAGGCCUUUACCUGAUUCCUUGCUCUUCGAUAUUCGGAACGUGCAAGCGAUGACUGAUAUUAAAACGCACAUUGGAUAUGCCAGAGCUUGGGUCCGAUUAGCACUUGAAAAAAAACUUCUUUCUCGCCAUUUGAAAACUCUGUUAUCGGAUACUAGGCUGUUAAGAAGUCAGUAUAAGCGCUCGGCAUUUUUGCGUUGUGAAGAAGAGAAGGAGCAAUUCUUGUAUCAUCUUUUAACACUGAAUGCUGUUGAUUAUUUCUGCUUUACUAACAAUUAUCCAACUACAAAAUUGCCAUACAGGGUCGUUAUAUUUCCUACUCGAAAAGCUAGUGCAGCUACUACUUCAGCAAACAGCUGGAUCGCUAUUUCUGGCACGCUUUGUGAAACAAAUCCAGUUCCGAUUCCGAAGGGAGCAUUGGAAUUUGUGUUUCAUCAUAAGAAUUUGGGCGUUCUCUCUACAUUACGUAUAGGACAUGACAAUACAGGCCUUUCGCCUAAAUGGAUGGUAGAACACGUUGUAGUGAGAAAUGAAGUUACAGGGCAUACGUUUAAAUUUCCCUGUGGUAGAUGGCUUGGUAGAGGUAUUGAUGACGGAUCUACUGAAAGAUUAUUAGUAGGCGCUUUGGUACCACGUAGUAUUGAUAGCGAAGAAUUGGUUGAAUCGUGUUCAACACCACCAAGAUGUAGAUCUCCGAGCAUACCUAGACGUCCAAUAUUGUCUCAAGUCGAAUUGCAGCAUAUGUUGGGUGAAUCUGUAAAUGCUAUUGUCAAAUUCCACUAUAGAAGAGAAUGUCAAGAUGGUUCUUUGACUGCUCUACUUUGUGGAGAAGGUGGUCUUGUACCAUCAUUAGAGCAAAUAUUUUUAUUUGGAUUUAAAAACCAAAGGAUAUUUGGAAGGAAUUUUUAUGUUUGGGAUUAUCUCUUGCGUGUGAAAGAAAAUUUUGAAAUUUCUUUGUUGGAAGAAAUGGAUGAAUAUUCCCAGAGGCUAAAUAGAGAUAGACGACUUCAUGCAAAAAACAGUCAAAGAUUUACGACUUUAAGAUGUUAUUGUCAUCUUAUUGAUCAAAUUAAUAUGUUCAGUCAGACUCUUGGUAAAGAUGGAAAAUUUCAGUUAUUCAUUUGCUUAGCAGCAAGAGAGCAGCUUCUUCAUUCGAUGCUACGGCCAAUGAGCGAAGCGCGUUCUACUGCGGACAUGUAUGAAGAAAAUUCCUUUUUAAGAAAUUUUACAUUAUUGAAUUUCCUUAUUCAUAUUCUUGAACCAUUAAGCGAAUUUCACAUUGUCCUUGAAAAGAGUUUGACUCAUGGAAUUUCGAGUAUAUGUUAAUUCAUUAUGAACAUUCCACAUAAUUAGGAUACAUUUCUUUGAAGCGGCACA